CAAUAUUUAGUCAUCAACAAGUCCCGUUCAACCUCCUCAUCCUAAUUAAAAAAAAAAAAAAGCCAUUCAUCUCACACACACUGCAAAAAAAUCAUCUGUCAAAAAAUGGAGUUGGAGGUGAGAGUUAUUGGGGGAAUGGAGAACUGCUUCAUAUCACUACCCGUGACUUUAAUCCAAACUCUGGAAUCCACCACUGCUUCAGGUUACCUUCCUCCAAUUCUAGCUCUCGAACUCCGGUCCCGCAACAACCACAUCUUCCGCGUAGCUUGGUCUGCUUCAGCUUCAUCCAAUCCGUUUCCUAACUCAAUUCAGAUUGCGCAGCAAUAUGCGGAGUGUAUUGGUUUGUCAGAUCGUACUGUGGUUCAAGUAAGAGUGCUCUCCAAUUUGCCUAAAGCUACUAUGGUUACCAUAGAGCCAGAUACUGAAGAUGAUUGGGAAGUUUUGGAGCUUAAUGCUGAGCAUGCAGAGCAGGCUAUCUUAAAGCAGGUUGCUAUUGUCCAUGAAGCUAUGCGAUUUCCUUUGUGGCUGCAUGGGCAAACAAUUAUCACAUUUAAAGUUGUUUCAACCUUUCCGCUGACACCGGUAGUACAACUUGUCCCAGGAACGGAAGUUGCUGUUGCUCCAAAAAGGCGCAAAAGAAAUAUUAGUUUGGGUGAGGAUUCCAUGAUGCAAGACGAUAAACUUUCGGUCUCAAAGGCACUAUUGAGGGUCCAAGAUACUGAUGAUCAAUGUAUUCACAAAUGCGAGGCUGGUGGAGUUGAGAUGAGAGUGGUUUUGACCUCUGCUGUCUUCAUUCAUCCCGAGACAGCCAGUAUAUACUCUUUUGAACCUCUUCAGACUGUGGUAAUAAUUCCCAGAUUGCUUUCCAGAGAAACCAAGAAGAAUCAUGAGACAGAUAGCCAUAGAGGGAAAGGUAGUGUAACUUCAAAGGAAGUGAAUGUAGGGGUUCUACCUGACAAGCACGAUAUCCAUCAAUCAAUGGUUCGUCUAAUAUUUUCAGAAUCAGUGGCUAAAGGACAUAUCAUGCUUCCUCGGUCUCUUCGGCUUUAUUUGAGAGCAGAGCUACACUCAUCUGUAUAUGUGAAGAGAUUCAAUGUCAAGUUGAAGAAAGAGAUUCCUUUGGUUUCGCUUUCACCUUGUGAAUUCAAGAUAUUACAGAAGACUGGGGUUUCUGAAGAAAAUAAUGCUGAAGUUUUGGGCAAGAAAAAUAAUAAUAAAAUAAUAACAACACUUCUCAGAACCAAUUCAGACAUUGAGAUGGGUACUAUUGAUUGGUCAAUCCAUGAGAAAAUUGCCGCAGCCUUUUCUUGUGAUUCUAGCAAGGAAGACAAAGAAACGAGCAUCAAGUCUGAUAUCAAAAAGGACGUUGCAGCUUUUUUGCAUAGAUGGUGCCUUGCGCAACUACAUGCAGUCACGAUAAACUCCAGAGUGGAAGUUAAAUCAUUGAUUUUAGGAAACACAACUUUGCUUCACUUCAAAGUGAAAGACAACAGAUCCAUAAAACAUGGUGUCCAAACAAUGAAUGAAGCAUCACUGGAUGCCGUGUUUGUGCUGUCAACUUCUGAUGAAUCAAUGUGUGACGAAAAGAUUGAUGCUUAUGAAGUUGCAUUUGAUGAAGGAAACAAGUUAACUACCAGCCCAGAAAACUUCGAACCUUGGCUUGGAAAGCUUCAACUGGGCAACGGUCUUUCCAUUAGGACUGUCAGAGAGAAGUUCUUUGCUAAAGCCACCAGUCUUACAACUUCUUCAUUAGACUGGAUGGGGACGGCUGCCCCUGAUGUGAUUAAUAGUAGGAUCGGCGGAUUGAUAGAGGAAUUCUUUCAUGAGAGAUGGAGAGGGUUGAUAGUUUUGUUGUCUUCUGCAUCUUGGAUGUUGUCCAGUGCUUAUGAAUUUCCGCUGCCAGGACAUAUUCUAAUCCAUGGGCCUUCUGGUUCCGGGAAAACAUUAUUAGCUACAGUUGCUGCUAAAUUUGCUGAAGAAAGUGAGGACAUCUUGUCCCAUGUAAUAUUUUUAUCUUGUUCUAAGCUUGCUUUGGAAAAGCCUUCAGCCAUUCGUCAAACUUUAUUGAGCUAUGUUGCUGAUGCUUUGGAUCAUGCACCUUCUGUUGUGGUAUUUGAUGAUCUUGAUAGCAUUGUUGCAGCAUCCUCUGAAUCUGAGGCUUCUCAACCUUCAUCCUCAUCAGCAGUGCUUGCAGAAUAUUUUGUUGAUAUUAUGGAUGAAUAUGAGGAAAAGCGGAGGAAUACGUGUGGGAUUGGCCCAAUUGCAUUUAUUGCUUGUGCACAGUCUCUGACUAAUUUACCACAGAACUUGACCUCUUCUGGGAGGUUUGACUUUCAUGUUAAAUUGCCUGCACCUGCUACCACAGAGCGUGAUGCCUUGCUAAAACAUAUAAUUCAGAAGCGUUCUUUGCAGUGUUCUGAUGACACAUUGCUGGAUGUAGCCUCCAAGUGUGAUGGAUAUGAUGCAUAUGAUCUGGAAAUACUGGUUGAUAGGUCUGUUCAUGCUGCAACUGCCCGCUUUUUGUCUAGUGAUUUGGGUGUUGGCAGACAGGAAAAACCUGUUUUGGUUAAGGAUGAUUUCCUGCAUGCCAUGCAUGAGUUUGUUCCAGUGGCAAUGCGUGACAUCGCUAAACCUUCUGCUGAUGGUGGUCGGUCUGGUUGGGAGGAUGUUGGAGGUCUUAAUGACAUCCGGAAUGCUAUUAUAGAGAUGAUCGAGUUGCCGUCCAGAUUUCCAAAUAUAUUUGCACAAGCUCCUCUAAGGAUGCGGUCCAAUGUUCUGUUAUAUGGCCCCCCUGGUUGUGGCAAAACACACAUUGUUGGUGCUGCAGCCGCUGCAUGCUCACUAAGAUUUAUCUCAGUCAAAGGUCCUGAACUGCUGAAUAAAUACAUUGGUGCUUCUGAGCAAGCUGUUCGAGAUAUUUUCUCGAAAGCAGCUGCAGCAGCACCAUGUCUUCUGUUUUUUGAUGAAUUUGAUUCUAUCGCGCCAAAGAGAGGACAUGACAACACUGGUGUUACUGAUAGAGUUGUUAAUCAGUUUCUCACUGAAUUGGAUGGUGUUGAAGUGUUAACCGGUGUAUUUGUAUUUGCUGCGACAAGUAGACCUGAUCUGCUUGAUGCUGCACUUUUGCGACCUGGAAGGCUGGAUCGCCUUCUCUUCUGUGAUUUUCCUUCACCGCACGAGAGGUUGGAGAUUCUUUCAGUUCUAUCAAGAAAAUUACCAUUGGCAAGUGAUGUUGAUUUGGAUGGCGUAGCUCGUUUGACAGAAGGGUUCAGUGGAGCUGACCUCCAAGCUCUUCUCUCUGAUGCACAGCUUGAGGCUGUCCAUGAUCUUCUAGAUAGUGAAAAUGUGGGGAAGCCUGAUAAGAAGCCGGUCAUCUCUGAUGCUCUCCUGAAAUCUAUUGCAUCCAAGGCAAAACGAUCUGUUUCUGAUGCCGAAAAGCAGCGAUUAUAUGACAUCUACAGUCAGUUUUUGGAUUCAAAAAGAUCAGUGGCCGCACAGUCAAGAGAUGCAAAAGGCAAAAGAGCAACCCUUGCUUAAUGAUUGGCUGCCAGUCGAGCUCUAUAAAGACGCACUAGCCUCAUCACUUAUAGUAGCUGCAUUUUGGGUUGGAGUUUGUAAUGGCGCCAUCUAGUUUGUCUUUUUUAUAGUUAGAAAUGUCUUCUUGUAGCAUUAUCUUUCUCUUUGCGUGAACAAUUAGAAGGGAAAAGUGAUGAUCAUCUGCUCGAUUGUCCAUGUUAUGGCCAUUCGUCUUAGUUUUAGGAGAAGAGCCUAGGCCAAAUGUUUCAGCGAUGUCUUACAUAGAUUUUUCUCUGACAGCUGAAAAGCGUAUAAAAAGAAGCUCUCUGGAAUAAUGAAACAAAAAUUGCUGUUUUGUA